GGAAUCCUCGUGAACAGCUACAUGAAGUACCAGACCACCACACUGGGCAAGAGGAAGCAAGCCUGGCAUCAUGACAGAGCGACAACCAGAUGAGCUCGCCACCGUCGAGCCAGCAAAGAUCCUGGAGAGAGACUCUCGAGAACACGAAAAGAGAGAAGGCCCACUCAUUCUAACGAUGGAGCUCGAUGAUCCCGACCAUCCCCUGAAUUUCCACUUUGGUCGCAAAUGCUUUCAAGCGGCAUUGGUGACACUUAUGACAAUGAGUGCUGCCUUUUCAAGUUCAAUCUUUUCUGGCAGCGCGAUUGUCUUUGCCGACAUCUAUGAUUUGAGUUUCGAAGUGAGCAUCUUAUCGGUCGCGCUCUUCACCCUCGGCUUUGCUUUUGGGCCUCCUAUUUGGGGCCCAAUGAGCGAGGUCGUUGGUCGCAACAUCCCCUAUUGGAUUGCGUAUGGCCUAUUUGUCGCAUGCCAUUUCCUGGUAGGCUUUGCGCCGAAUGCUGCGGCUGUCUUGGUGGGACGCUUCCUCGAGGGUCUCUUCGGAUCGGUCUGCCUUGUCCUCGUCACGGCGAGUGUGUCGGACAUGUUUGAGCCAAAACAAAGGGGAUAUUUCACGGCUGCAGGUGUCGGUAUUAGUAAGAGCCCGAUCCCCAAGAAGGAUGCUAACCACCAGUCUUCGCAAGUCCGGCACUCGGGCCUAUCAUUGGAUCAUUCUUGACAGACAAUGUUGGCUGGAGAUGGACGAGUUGGCUUCUCUGCAUCUAUGCAGGCAUCCUCUGGAUUCUUUCUUUCUUCAUGCACGAAACAUACGUGCCCGUCCUUCUCAAACGUCGCGCCAUUCGCAUGCGUAAAGAAGGCCAUGACGU